GGCCCGGAAGAGCGGAGGCUGCUGAGCGCGGCGCGGCGGCGGCCGGGGGGCGGGGCGGAGCUGCGGGAGCCUCGGCCUCUCCAGGCCCCCGGCGCGGCCUCAUGCGGCGCCCCGGCUGACCCCCGAAAUCCACGGAUCGCCGGCCGCCCGGGGACCGCCGGUCACCCGGCCGCCGCCCGUGGCGGUUGAAGUCGUGGUCGUGCGCGCCCGCGGCGGCUGCCCAUGGAGAAGGCCGGGCGGGGCUGCGAUGGCGCCCCGCGGGGGCCCGUUCUGCACAUCGUGGUGGUCGGCUUUCACCACAAGAAGGGCUGCCAGGUGGAAUUCUCUUACCCGCCCCUGAUUCCAGGAGAUGGACACGACAGCCCCACCAUACCUGAGGAAUGGAAGUACCUGCCCUUCUUGGCCUUACCAGAUGGCGCACACAACUACCAGGAAGAUACUGUGUUUUUUCACUUGCCACCCAGAAAUGGAAAUGGAGCCACCGUAUAUGGUAUCUCUUGCUAUCGGCAGAUUGAAGCCAAGGCGUUGAAAGUCCGGCAUGCAGAUGUCACCAGAGAGACCGUGCAGAAAAGCGUCUGUGUUCUAAGCAAGCUGAUACCCUUGUUCGCAGCAGCAAGCAGGUAUGCAGGGGUGACGUGCCCAGUUAUGCGGCCUCUCUAUGGCUUGCUCCAAGCAAAACUUCAGCUCAUUACACAUGCAUAUUUUGAAGAGAAGGAUUUUUCCCAAAUUUCCAUUCUAAAGGAACUCUAUGAACAUAUGAACAGCUCCUUGGGAGGAACGUCAUUGGAGGGGUCCCAAGUGUAUCUUGGUCUGUCUCCUCGGGAUCUUGUGCUUCAUUUUCGACACAAGGUCUUAAUUCUGUUUAAAUUAAUUCUUCUUGAAAAAAAGGUUCUCUUUUAUAUUUCUCCAGUGAAUAAAUUGGUGGGUGCCCUGAUGACUGUGUUAUCCCUUUUUCCAGGCAUGAUCGAACAUGGUCUCAGGGACUGUUCUCAGUACAAGCCUCGAAAGAGUAUGUCUGAGGACGCUGGGCUUCAGGAAAACACCCCCCCUGCAGAUGACUUUGUGUCUGUGUCUGCUCCUAACAUUGCAUAUACCAACUCGGAGACUGUCCAGAAAAUGCCGACAGGAAACCACGGUGGAGAUGCUGCCAUCACAACGGAAGAACCUUUGUUCCCAGUAGAAGACAGCAGCAAAGGGCAGGGACUCGGUGAGACCAGUCCGUAUUUGAAACCUCCUUCUCGUCCAUCUCCAGAGUCUUCAGAAAGUGACUGGGAGACCUUGGAUCCUAGUGUCUUAGAGGAACCCACCUUGAAAGAAAGGGACCAGGUGGGGUCAGAACAGACAAACUCCUUUCCCAGGGAGUCGGUGCCCUCAGACAGUGCUCCGAUUACUGUACAGCCUCAAGCCAAUAUGGGCCAGGUGGUCCUGCUCCCAGGGCUCAUUUCCGGUUUGGAAGAGGACCAGUACGGCAUGCCCCUGGCCAUCUUCACCAAGGGUUACCUGUGUCUGCCUUACAUGGCCUUGCAGCAGCACCACCUUCUCUCGGAUGUCACCGUGCGGGGGUUUGUGGCUGGAGCUACUAACAUCCUUUUCCGACAACAGAAGCACCUCAGUGAUGCCAUCGUGGAAGUGGAGGAGGCGCUGAUCCAGGUCCAGGACCCCGAGCUGAGGAGGCUGCUCAGCCCCACCACGGCCGACCUCAGGUUCGCCGACUACCUGGUGAAGCACGUGACCGAGAACCGCGACGACGUCUUCCUGGACGGCACGGGCUGGGAGGGCGGCGACGAGUGGAUCCGAGCGCAGUUCGCGGUCUACAUCCACGCGCUGCUGGCCGCCACGCUGCAGCUAGAUAAUGAAAAGGUGCUUGCGGACUACGGGACGGCCUUCGUGAUGGCGUGGAAGAACACUCACAACUACAGGGUCUGGAACAGCAACCGGCACCCAGCACUCGCGGAAAUAAAUCCGAACCACCCUUUCCAAGGCCAGUACUCGGUGUCCGACAUGAAGCUACGAUUCUCACAUUCUGUUCAAAACAGUGAACGCGGCAAAAAAAUUGGAAACGUCAUGGUCACCACCAGCCGGAAUGUUGUCCAGACUGGAAAAGCUGUUGGCCAGUCCGUGGGAGGAGCUCUUUCCAGCGCAAAGACAGCCAUGUCCUCCUGGCUUUCCACCUUCACCAGUUCCACCCCCCACAGCCUCCCGGAGCCGCCCAGCGGGAAGCCUUGAGCAGGCCCAGAGGCGGCUGAGUUUAAAGGGUCCCCAGGCUGUUCUCCAUCAGCCACAGGUCCACAGCCGGGGACCGACAUGUCGAACUGUUUACAUGGAUGGUCGGACGGUCGCCUUCUGUCUGAAUGAAUGUCACAGGAUGCUGGAAAGAUUCAGUCACAACCACAGCAGGGAUGGCUCUCCAGGUUGGGGUUUGAAUUGACUACUUUUAUUUCAGUCUGAGCCUGAUCAAAACACGCCGUGUCCCUUCCAAUGGUAUUCCCAGUUCUGACCGCGCACACUUGUUUACUUUAGGAAAGUUUUUACGUAUGUAAAUUUUGUUGUUUCGAUAUUUGAAUAGCUGGAUGAUCAUUGUAAUUUAUUAGUGUUAAAAUUGUUGUAAUAGUAUUUUAAUUUCUCUAAAGUUGGCCCUAAAAUAUGCUUAUAAAGUUAAGGGUCCAUACUACCCAGCCCUUGGUUAUUGUUUUUGCUGAGUUCUCUGAUGAUUUUCUUUUUUUGGUUGUUUGGUUUUCUACCUACAAAGUAUCAAUUCGCUUCCUCCCGGAAACGUGACAGUCACAGGCGUGGGUUCUGAGGACGCUUGUUUGCUUCCCGUGUAAUGUGUUCUUUCCCGGCCCUGACCCUGGCUCUGAGGCCCACGGAUGUCACUGUGCUUCUCCGCCUCUUCCGAUCGUCCAAGCAGUUGUGCAGAGAAACAGAGUGAGGGCUCCCGCGGUGUCGGAGCAGUUGAACACGAAUCUGUAUUUAGGGCAAGACUCUAGAAAACCUAGGUAUUCCUUCUGUCGACUCUAGUCACGUUGUAACCUCUUACAAGCAUUUUUAAUCCAAGGUUUGUGCCUUCUAUUUCUUCUUUCGAACAGUUUUCCAUGGGGUGUUUACAGACCUGAUGUUUUUUCCUUAGUCUUAGAAGAAUUAUUCUUCGUAAGCUUUUCCAGGCGCUUGGCUUUCCUACUUCCCUGGUGGAAAAUCCUGUAAUCAAUCCCAUCUAAAAGAAUUUUUAAAAGGAAAGCAGGAUGAUCUGUAAAUAGUAAAUAGAAAUCUCAUCUUAGCUCACAUUUAGGAAAGCACGAAGCAGGACAAGAAAGCCACAGCCGUGACAUCAGUCCUGCUUCGUAGAGGACACCUGGUUUCAUGUCAGACAUGCACGUGUGUGCUGUGUGCCGCAGAGCUUCACCCACCUGGACCUCGUGUCUGCCGUGCUCAGCUCUCGUUUGCUUUCCACAGGGACAUGGGAUGGGUGUUCUCAGGGAGAACGUACAGGGGACAGACCGCUUUCUCAGUAACAAAGGGUACUUGGAGAAUACAUAGAGAGCAUAAUCUACAUGUGAUAUGAAGAGUAUUGGGAAAGGUAGGGGCCUAAUUAAGGAUGGCACUCAGUUAUGUCUGACUUACCCCUUAGGAAAUGUUUAUGUCAUGUAAGUCCUUCUAAGGCAUGUGAAAUAGUCAUAGGACAUAAUCUGGAUGUUCCUAAAUUUUCCAGUUUGUGUUUCAACACAAGUUCAGCAAAUCUAAAAACAUACUUCCAUUUGACGUGGGGUGAUGAGCAUACAGUGCAACAUACAGGUGAUGUAUUAUAGAAUUGUACCCUUGAAACCUAUAGAAUUUUAUUAACCAAUGUCACCCCAAUAAAUGCAAUAAAAAAUUAAAGUGUUUCAUUAAAAAAGUCAGUGAUGAUAAAUUAAAGGGCUUAUUGUGAAAACUCCAUUAAUUCCACUUCUGCCAGGAAAGUUUACCUUCUCAGGAAAUAGUACUUGAAGAGAAGUAAAACCAACAAACCAUUCAGAGGUACUUUAAUCAGCGUUGCGCUGAGACUACGAAGAAUCCCUCCUCACAUCACAUCUCGUUUCACAAGGCCGCGUCAUGGGUUGGAGAGACAGGGUAUUGUGCAGGCUUGUUCCCUCUCAGCGGCCGGAAACCCACAGGGAGGAGCCGGGCAGCCGAGGACUCAUCCUCACUUUGUAUGGUUUGUGUGAUUGGGGUCAAUUCCCAUCUCUCACCCUUCAAAAGCAGCCAAUCGCCUUUGGACUCGCACGUACCACAUGUUCCCCAUUUAACAUCCACCUUCAAUGAACUUUCUAUUAAUGUUUCCAGUGAAGAGUUCAAAGUGGUCCUUUAACUAGCUUUCAGCAUUUCAACAUGAGAUGAAUAUUGCAGAAGAUAGAACUGUGGUCGUAGAAAUGGUCAAAAGACCGUCCUCUUCCCUUCAGGUUCUGGGGGGCGUGGGGUUUCCAGGGAGCGGAGGCUGUAGGGGUUGUGGGCAGGGGCCCCGGGACAGCCAGCAGGGCUGACGGCAGGAAGCCUGGCCGCUCGUCCAGCGCUCGGGGCUUGGGUUGCAGGCUCCAGCCCAGAAGCGGUAAGCUCCCUUCAGGCACGGGCUCUGUGAGCCGUAGGAGCCGACACCGGGCCAGCUUUCGGACAUGUCGCUGGGAAGGGUGUGUGUGUGGGUUGGCCGUGCUUGCUCUAGUCCUUUUGUGUCUUAAGAACCGAGUAUUUGUAAGGAGGCCUGAGGGAACUCGGUCAGCCAGGCCUUUGCCAGGUGUGCCAUUACACAGGCUCCGUCUGUAGCUUGGUGGUGGCCUCACUGUUCGUCUAGGUGACUUCAAAGUGGUGUUCGGGAAGAGUCCCUGCAUACUUUGAUUCCUACGAGGCACUGUAAUGACAGUGACGUAGGCAAGGAAAGUAAGAGUUAAAGCGACUGUGUCUUGGACUAGGUGAACAGGGAAAGUUGCACGUAAGGCUUAGAGUUACUUGGCAUUUGCAUUUGGUCCUUAUAACCGGUAUGAAUUGUCUGUUUCCAAAUCCAUUAAUGAUCUAUCAGCCCCCAAGCCUUAAAACAAUCCCCAUCUCCUUUUUUUGCUUUAAGAAACAUGGCAGCUGUCCAGCUGGUGUGGCUCACUGGUUGAGCGUAGACCUGUAAACCAGGAGGUCAGUGUUGGAUUCCAGUCAGGGCACAUGCCCAGGUUGCCAGCUAGAUCCCCAGGAGGGGGCGUGCAAGAGGCAGCCAAUCAGUGAGUCUCUCAUCACUGAUGUUUCUCUCCCUUUCUCUCUGAAAUCAGUUAAAAUAUAUUUUAAAAACGAAACGUGGCAGCAAUAUCCGUGGGCAGCAAACCAGACUGUGUGGCGUGAUUUCCACAACCUUACCUUGCUUCCCGAGUUCUAUAAUAAGCAUUGAACUUUUUUUGGAGAAUAAUUUCGUUUGGAAAGGCAAGGAGAAAAGCAAAUUAGGAAGAGAGAGAGGAGAAGUGAGAAGUCUUGCAAGGCUGGGAAGCAAGGUACUAAAAAAUCUGAAUGGAAGUAUUUUGAGAGCAGUGUUUCCUUCGCUAAAGGUCAUAAGAAUUCUUUUACAGAGACGUUAACAUCUUAAUCUGCUGGUGACAAGUUUAAAGGGAAGCUGUAACGUUAUCUUCCUGGCAGGCAGGUUUUGUGUUUAUUUUGUGUUUUGUGGAAGUUACAGCCAGUGGUCCUGCUCCCUCCCUCCCGGGUGAUGCGUUGGGGGGGCCCUCAGCUCUGUACGAGGCCAGGCCAAUGGACGGAUCCCCAACCUCAUGUAUCGCUUCCGCAGUUUGGGAAAGUAGCCUGUGCAGACGGCAGCGGCUAAAUGGCGCCUGUCAUUUAGGGGGGAUUUGGUCGGGACUUGGAAUGGCAUCCACAUCCCAGCGUUUGCAUGCCCUGCUGCUUGGGCCAGGGGCGGCGCGGCGUGCGUGCCUUUCCCCCGGUUCUGUGGCAGCCUUUCCGCGUGACAGAGACGCCAGCCUGGUUUCUAGAAGGUGAUGGUCAUGCCCUGGAGUGCAAGGAGCCACUAGCAGGUUUCUCAUCGCAAGUCGUUGAACUUCACGAACAUUGCGAUGGUCUUUUCAUCAUUUCCAACAUUCCAUACAGAGUUGUCCAGGACAAGGAAAAGGAAUGUCGAUUUUUGUUCUUUCCAUGUAAAUAACUUUGUGCAGGUGACUUCCUGCUUUCAUAUGGAGAAGAAACGAGGUCCCUUGUAUUGUAACUCCAAAAUUAAAAGAUUGUGCACGUAUAAGGGGUUGAAUAUAUUUUGUAAAACUAAUGCAUUUGUAUUUCUGUGCUGUUUUAAAGUUUACCUUUUUACUUAUAUUAAUUAAAGAUAUAGAAACUAUAUAUUUAAAUCAUGUAAAUGGGACACAAUUUAGGGGGUUUUCCAAUCUUAUUUUUCAUUAGCUUCUCACACACACGGUAUGCUGCUCAAACUUUGUGUGUGUGUGUGUGUGUGUGUGUGUGUGUGUGUGUGUGUGACAUGAACAUUUGAACAUUUCAGUCAGGUACUGAGCCAGAGAAGGUAAUUGAAGUUUUUAGAAAGCUUCUGUGCUUAGAACAUACUUUGUUUGCUUGAAACAUGAAUGACGUAGAGCUGGAAAAAUAGGAUCAAGACUUAACUGUUUCAGGGCACUCGGUCAUGGGCUCCUACAGGUAGGAAGCUUUUGAUUAAUAAGUUAGUAAAGGGCAGGUGCUCACAAAAAUAGUUUCAAGAUUUGAGAGUCCAGGCUUCCCACAAACCCUUUCUAGGGAAGUUUAGCUUAGAAAUCUUAGAAAGUUUUCCAAGGAGGUUUAGCUGUGGCACGUGUUUGAUCCAAAAGGUAGUUUCUCUCUUUGCUCUAGUAAGAUUUAUCAUUUGUAGCAGUUCUUUGUUUCUAUUGUCAUUUAUUUAAAAAAGAAAUGUUAAAAUUAUAAAUUGCAUCUAAUCAUACUGAAUUGUAAAACUCCUACUGUAUCUUUAUUUUAAAGAAAAAUGAGAAUAAAAUUAUCCAAUUUGUCCUGCA